AUGAAUUUUGAUGACGACAAUAUAUCAGAUGGAGAAGGUGGAACAUUAUACAAAACAUUUAGUGAAGGUGAAAGGGAAGAGAAAUUAAAAAAAAAAUCAAAUAAAAAAAGUAAAAGAACAAAUACAUCAAGUGCAAAAUCAACAAAAAAAUCAAGAACAUCAGAUGGUUUUAAAAAAACUGGUUUAAUUAAUCUAAAUGAUACUGACAGCUCUUCAACUGAAGAUGAACCAGAAAAUAUUUAUGACAAAAAAGCGCCACAAUUAAAUAAACAAAAAACCACAACUACCACAACCACAACCACUUCAUCAACAUCAUCAUCAUCAUCAUCAUUAAUAUUUAAAAAAAAUCACAGUAAAUUUAGCAAUAAAUCAAUUUUUGAUGAUGAAAUUGAAAACUCAAAUGAUGAUGAAGAUAUUUUUAACAAGAACAGAGACAGAAUAAAUAAUGAAAGAAAAGAAAAAAACGACGACAACAACAACCAUAGUAAUGACAAAGAUAAUGAUAAUAAUGAUGAUAAAAGUAAUAACAAUAUCAACAAUGAAAAUAAGAGAAAUACAAAUUUAGAUUCCGCUGGUAUUGAUAAAGUUAAGCAAGCCAUUCAUUUCUCUGUAGCUAAAAUUUCAGAAGAAAAAUCUGAUGAACUAAACUGUAGUAUUUCAAACGAAGUCGUUUCAUCUUUAUCAGAACUUGUUUAUUCAAUUACAAAAGAUAUUAUUGCCAAGGACUUAAUAACAUUUGCUCGUCAUGCUGGUAGAAACACCAUCGAAACCAAUGAUGUAAAAGUUUUAGCUAGAAGAAAUGAACAUCUUAAAGAUAUAUUAGAUAUUAAAGAAAGCGAACGUUUUGGAUUUAAUGAUUAA